AUGCGAGAAGAAUUUUUGGUUUUUCUGGCCAUUUUUGGUCCUUUUUUAUGUGAGGCGAGAGGAUUUCAUGGAAUUCCGGGUGAGUUUUUUGUUAUUUGUUCAUGAAAAUUGUUGGGAUUAUGGGAUUUUUUGCAAAAAAAUGGGUGCAAAAAUGUUUGAUUUUGAAAUCUUAAAAUUUGGUCUCAAACUUUGAUCUACUAGAAAAAUUUGAAAGGUACAUAUUAGCGCCAAACAUUAAUUUUUAAAAAUUUCCCGGACCUAAAACUUUUUCAAAACAUCUAGAAUUUUUAGUUGAAAACUUGAUUUACUUGAAAAUCCAAGAAUUGAUUAUUUUCGAAAAUCCAGAAUUUCGGGCUUACUUUCUCAUUUCUCAUUUCUCAUUUUCGAAAAUCAUGUUUUUGCACUGAUUUUUCAUCAAAAUUUCAAAUAUUUUUCUGAAUUUUGGGAAAAAGUUCUGAAAAUUCAGAACUUUGGGUUCCAAAUUAAUUUUUCCUGUCAAAAAUUUUCUCGAGAGAUUUUCAAAAUUCAAAAAUCCCGUAAUUUUUGAUCAUCUCUCGGAUCAGAGUUCCGCACAAAAACAGUUGUUUCGAAACUCAAGCCGGGUAGUGUCAAAAUUUUGCUUCAAAACCGUUUCAAGCUCACAGUUUAAACAGAUUUUUGUCAUUAACACUCUUAACAAAAACGGGUUGGUAGAGUGUUCUGUAGAAACCCGCUUAGGAUUUACCCUAUCCUGAACAAAACACAUUAGUUUGUUCUUUGAUUAUACCACAAACACUUUUCACAGUCUUCCAAAUAUCAGUUUCAAUCACAGUUGAGAUUUGAACAGUGUUUUGCUAUACUCGAGUAUCAAAAUUAGUGUUUCAUGCACAACAAAAUUAACACUGUUUCAAAAAUUUGUGCAUGAAACCGGGUAAUGACACUGUUUCGUAUUAUAAGAUUCAUGAAACAUCAAAUUUUUUUAAAUGUUUUUUGUGAUGUUUUUCUCUGAUAUUUUCUGAAAUUGUGUUGAUUUUGCAUAUCCUAACAAUUUUUAAUCAUCAAAAGUAAGAAUAAAAAAUGUGAUGUUUCAUGAAUCUUAUAAUACGAAACAGUGUCAUUACCCGGUUUCAUGCACAAAUUUUUGAAACAGUGUUAAUUUUGUUGUGCAUGAAACAUUAAUUUGAUACUUGGGUUUCGAGUGCUUGUUGUUUCACACUUGAUAUAGCAUGAAACCUCACAAAAUUAAAGAGGGUUUGAAUGUUUUUUGUGCAAGUAUGUCAACAUUUUAGCUUCAAUCAGAGGUCAGCGUAAAUGUUCAGCUGAAAUAUGAACAACCGAAUUUGAAACACGUGUUCAAACCGCAAGUUUCAAUCUUAGAACGGCUGAAACUUGGAUGUCAAGCUUUGCUUUGAAGCAGCUUGAUGAAACAAUUGUUUCAGUUCUGCUUCGGGGCGACACUCUGUCUCGGAUCAUUGUAAAUUUCCGCCUCCAAAAAUAAAUCCUGUUUAUUUUUGUAAUCACAGAAAAUAAAAUAGAAAAGAGAACAUAAAUAAUCCUAUCAAAAAUGAAACAUUUUUUUUGGAAUCAAGUUUUUUUGGGCCCAAAACUUUCAGGUUUACUGUAGAUUCCUGUUUAAAAAAUUCGAAAUUUGAAAUAAAUCAAAGAAGUAAGAAUAGGAUUACUGUAGAUUUCAAGACUACAGUAUUUUUGGCGUAAAAAUCUGGUUUCAAAAAUCCACGUAAUACAUAAUUUCCCAAUUUCGGCUGCUUACUUGACUUAGUUUUGUCAGCGACAAAAACAAUUUUUCAAAAAGAUCACACUUUUUUGUUCCCGUUUCCCACGACCAAAAAAAACUUGUGAGAAUUUAUCUCUUUUCUUCACUUCUGGUCUUCUUGUUUAUUAUCACUUCUUUUCACAAAUGAAGUGAUACAACAAAAUAAAAUAUUUAUAUAUAUAAUUUAUCGAUUUUGGCGCGGAAAUUCUGUGUGUGAGUAGUAAGAAGAAAGCGAAAAAGUCUCCAAAUCAAAUCAAAUAACCUUGACUGAUUUACGAUGAAAAUACAAAAAAAAAGAUACCAAAAAAAUGUUAGUUUUAUUUCGAACAACAAAAAAAUGAAAUGCUAUAAUAACUUUUUGAUGAAUGAAGAAGUAAAAUAAUGGGUUUGGGAAGAGGAAAACGCCCAAACAUUUUGAUGAGAAAUAUGAAACAUCAGGGGUUUAGGUGGGAAAAUUUGGAAUCGGUAGAUCAAAAAUGGGAAUGGGUUACUGUAGAUUUUUGCCACCAAAAAACUUUAUAAAAAAUGACUUGGUUCUGGGUGGGUUACAGUAGAUUUUAUUCUGAAAAUUAUUAUUUUUCAUCUGGAAAUUCGUAAAAUAAUCUGCCCGAAAAAAUACGUUUCAAAAAAUAUAUAAACCAAAUUUUCUGCUCUUGAUCGCGAGAAUGUGUAAAAGUUUCCAAAUAAAUUUCGGCUCUCAAAAAAAAUCCACAGUUCUCUUGUAAAUGUUUGUUUCAGGAGCCUAUUGCUCGGCUCGUUCACCAACAUGUUGCACAAAUCGAGACGAUGAUUGUACGGCGCCAAUUUUAGGCGAUCAUUUAUGCUAUUGUGAUAUGUUUUGUGAUCGCGGACCGGAUGGUGGUAGGUCAAAUACUUGGCGCGAAAAAAACUAUUCAAAUAUUUCUUUAGGAAACGAUUGCUGCCCUGAUUUCGAGGCGACGUGUUUGGGAAAAAACGCGCCAAAGAAUGAUCUGCACUCGGGCGAACCUUGUGAACAAGAAGGGGAUGAGAAAUUGGCGAAUUGCCAAAAAUGGUGCGUUUUUUUUUCUGCACCAAUUUUUUCAACUGUAAAAAUUUGAGCUCUUGUCAAAAUGGCUACUGGAAAUGCGAUGGAACGACUUGCUUGAUUCAACCAGAUUUGUUGGAGGAUGUGAGAACAGGAAGAUAUUCGUGAGUUUUUGAAUUUUGAAACAUGGAAAUUUGUGAUCUACACAAAAUUCUGGUCUAGAGUCCUUGAUUUUCUCACAUAAUUAUUUCAAAUUCCAAUAUUUUCCAGAUGGACCGCCCGAAAUUACACGGCAUUUUGGGGAAGAAGUUUAGCUGAUGGUAUCAAAUAUCGAUUGGGAACACUGUUUCCCGAGAAAAGUGUUCAGAAUAUGAAUGAAAUUACGAUAACUCAUCCAGAUUUGCCCGAGGAAUUUGAUGCCAGAGAUAAGUGAGUGGAAUAACAUUUUGUUGCGUACCUGGCUUUAUUCCAAAUUUUUCACUAUUUCUCAAUUUUUCAGAUGGGGUUCCCUGAUCCAUCCAAUUUCGGAUCAAGGUGAUUGUGGAAGUAGUUGGGCAAUCUCAACAACAGCAAUUUCAUCGGAUCGUCUCUCAAUUAUGACAGAUGGUCGAAUUAGUGCAACUCUAUCCCCUCAACAAUUGUUGUCUUGUAAUCAACAUCGACAAAAAGGAUGUGAAGGUGGAUAUUUGGAUAGAGCUUGGUGGUAUAUUCGAAAAUUGGGUGUCGUUGAUGAACAUUGUUAUCCAUAUGUUUCGGGACAAAGUCGAGAACCUGGACAUUGUAUGAUUACCAAAAGAGAUAUUACGUGAGUUUUUUGGGGUUCGGGAGAGGGAAAGCUUCAAAAUGAAUAUGAAUAGGAUAGGGUUCCAAAUGAAAUUGACUGCGUAUUUAAUGAAAACAUUUUGAUCACGAAACGACUUUUCGCUUUUUAAAGACGUACAUUUCUUGUUUUUAAAAACAAAAUCUUUCUUUUUUUUUUUAAACAAUUUAUUGGUAGAAUUGGUUGGAAAAUGAAAUCUAAAAUUUUGUUUCUUGAAGGCUUGAGCUCUCGGUGUUUUGGUUUCUGUUUCGAAGAAGUAAUUUGUUGAUAUAACCUGAAAUCAUUAUUUAACAAAUACAAAACAACAGGUUUCACUAACAAAUUGUAGUAUUUCUAUAAUCUUUAAUAAUAAUGAAGUUUGGAAUUGGAUCAAUUGCUGGAUAGAUGGCAAUAGUUACAGUCAUAACACCACUGUAUAUUCCCAAAUUCUUUCCGAGAAGCACAAAUAUAUAAACUGUAAUAAUUGGAAGAUGUAAAAAUGAUAUCGGAAUCAUUGUUUGGACAACCAACGCGUAAAAAAGUUGUGUUUGUAAAGAAUGCGUUUUCUUUGAUGUGGAUACAGUAGAAAGUAUUUGAAUCUCUUGAUAACAUGAAAUUCCACAAUAAAGCAUUACCCCAAACGAUGCCAACAUUGAAAUAUUUUGAAAAACGUUCACGAGAAUUGACAUCAAAUGAAUAUGUCGAUUUCCAUUCUCAUCUUCUGAAUAUAUUUGUAUUCCAUAAUAAACGAUAUCUUUCACAUCGAUGUGUAAAUCUUUGUACAAACUUUCUCGCAGGUAUUCGUCUUUCAAGUUAUUUUGGUUUGCAAAAAAAUGAAAUACUAUAGACCAUGUCAAACCGGAUAAAAUAGGUACCAAAAACCAGAGAAUAAUCUUGGGUGAUUUGAACGUUGUCAAAUAACGACUUCUAAACAUAGAUAUGACUUAUUCAUAAAGAUUCCAUAAUAUAUAGAAAAAAACAAACCGUUUCGCGUUCAGAUAUCGAUAAACAAACUGAAUCGAAAAUAAACCUAAAACACCACCAACCACGCCACAAAACAAAUCACUAAAAAUUGUCAUGAUAAAUGGAUUGAAUAAUGAUUUUUGAGUAUCAAUGAACAUUAUCAAUGCAGAACGAUGAGUGUAAAAACACUUUAAAACAAUUAUAUUAGAGCAUGCUCAUAGUAGGUCAAACUCACAGCUGACGUUAUAACAUCUACAAAAGAAUAUACAAUUUCGAAUGCGGAAGUGUAAGCUAUCAAGUAUUUAUAUGGUGCUAAGGUUUUUGGUGACUUGAAAGCAACCAGAUGCAGUUGAUAACAAUUUGCUAAAACUGAGAUAGAAGCUGAUAUAUAUUGAAUAUAAUGUUGAACAUUCAACCAUCGCUCGCCAUGCAUUAUUAUAGAAAGAAAUAGAAAUAGAGCACAUCGCGCUUGAAAAAACAACAAAAAAAAGUAUAUCUCAAGAGAUGCAAUUAGAAUUAAAGUUAUUUGGGAUUCGAAGCUAAAAUAUAUUUCAAUAUUUUUUUUCGCCAAAGUUCGCGCAGAAUUAAAAAAAACAUUUUUCAGCGAUCGUCUUGGCUUAAAAUGUCCCAGUGGUCACGAGAAUUCCACUGCUUUCAAAAUGACUCCACCGUAUAAAGUGUCGAGUAAAGAAGAGGAUAUUAAAACGGAAUUAAUGACAAACGGACCAGUUCAGGCCACUUUUGUGGUCCACGAGGACUUUUUCAUGUAUUCUGGUGGUGUUUAUCAACAUUCGGAUUUGGCGGCGAAAAAAGGAGCAGGAAGUGUUGCGGAAGGAUAUCAUAGUGUUAGAGUAUUAGGGUGAGGAUUUGGAUGGGAAAUCUGAAAUUGUUGAAAUUUUUAGCUACAUUCUGAUUUUUUGACCAUUUUGUUUUUCAGAUGGGGAGUGGAUCAUUCAACCGGUCGCCCAAUAAAAUAUUGGCUUUGUGCCAAUUCUUGGGGUUCUCAUUGGGGCGAAGAUGGUUAUUUUCGAAUUUUGCGCGGCGAAAAUCAUUGUGAAAUCGAGAGUUUUGUGAUUGGAGCAUGGGGAAAAGGAUCGAAAAGAAGACGACGAUUUAAAAUGAGAAAAUUGCGAAGAUUUAGAAAAUUAUUCUAA